AGGAUUUUGGUCUCAAAGGUAGCCAUCAGGUAGGACAUUGCAGGCAUCGUGUGCCCCGAUUUUUCCCAAUGGCAUCCCGCUGCUUGCUCCCUGCUGCUGGAGCAUUGAUGCUCAUGUGUUUCCUCCCUGCAGCCUUUGUGGUGCUUCCUGGUGUUCAGACCCCGGCCCUUCGCGGUGCAAAGGCGCAAGGAGGUGCAUCCUUUGCCAACCUCAGCAUGGCCAGCAUUGCCACCACAACCGCUGCAUUUGGUGUCGCAGCUGCUGUUGUGCGAAGCCGCAGUCGAGAAGGAAAGACAGCAGCCAAGUACACAACGCAGACGAUCUUGCCAUCGCUGGCAUGGAUCAAGACAGGCGUGAGGGCCUCUGAGUUGCAGCCCACUGAGUUGAAGGCACUGACACUCGCAGGCAAUGACGUGUUGAUUGGCAAGACUGAGGCUGGUGCUCUCUUCUGCGUUGGCAACUUGUGCCCUCACAUUGGCACUCCCAUGAGCGAGGGUGCGGAUGUCAUCGGUGAUGUGAUUGUAUGCCCUUUGCACGGCUCUUCCUUUAAGGUGACCACUGGUGAGCUCAUCGACUGGUGCGUCUCCCCACCCAUCAUUGGUCCUCUCACGGGCUUGAUCGUGGACAAGAAGAACCUCCUGAUUUUCGAGUGCCGCCAGGGUGGCUUCUUGGGAAGUGGAGAGGUCGAGGUGCUGGUAGACACAAACGCCAAGAAGGCCUACGAAGCUAACUACUGGAAGGGCUUGCUGGACGCACAGGGCAAAGAUGAUGGUACCUACUACUGAGUGUGAUCCCAACAGUUUUCACAGACCAAUCCUCCGCGCCAGAGGGUUAAAGUCCGUCAGGAGAGUCACAACUCACAGUACUUAUACUUGUCCCGUGACAGCUGCAUGCUUCUCACAACGAGCCUUGCCUGCCUGGUCUUGCGACUUCAUCGCUGCUCUCUCCCGAUUGCGAUCUCCCACAGCCUGUUUGACCCAUUGUAUUUUCCCUUGCGAUCGCUAGACUGCUAGACUCAUCGCCGGUUCCCAUAGCAUGUCUCGCUGUCGUCGACUACCCGAACACUAGCCGUGCCACGGUGGCCUCAUAGCUUUCCCAAGCAGUUUCCUCCCUUGUGAGUUCAUCACCGCUGAAGGAAGCCAAGUUGGCAACUGUUAUCGCGGAAUAAAUCUCAUUUAU